AUACUAGGUUCGCGCCUAACUUGCUAUAGAUGUUAACAGUUAAAUUAUCUGAACAUUAAAGUGAAAAUAUAUCAAUAAAUAAACUCAUCUUCCAAUUUUAUUCGCAGUAAGUGGUAGUUAACUAGUUUACAGGAAAUUAUGAAAUAGAAGAAAACUGAAAAAUCAAAAUGGCGGAAACGGGUGUCGAUGAACGCAAACAGCUGCCUAAUACUGGAGUUGGUGUCAUAGUAACUCACCCAGAUUACCCGAAUCGAGUUCUACUAGGUAUCAGAAAGGGUUCUACGGGUGAAGGGUUAUAUGCAUUCCCCGUCGGUCAUCUAAAAUUUGGUGAAUAUUGGGAAGAUUGUGGUAUAAGGGAAACUCUAAAAGAAACUGGUUUAAAGUUAAAGAAUGUUUUCUAUGCUACAGUAGUAAACGCUAUAGAAGAACAAGUAGAGAAAUAUCAUUAUGUAACUUUAUUAAUUGUGCAAGAAGUUGAUGCAUCAUAUAAACAGUGUAAACAAGAAACGGAAAACCUGGAACCAAAGAAAUGUUCAGAAUGGCAAUGGGUAGAUUGGGAUGAUUUUCCGCCAUUAUCUAAACUAUUUUAUGGUUUACGAAUAUUGAGAGAAGAAAAUGAAUACAAUCCUUUCAAAAAGAAAUCUGGUUGAACUGGAAAAAACCCCCCCAAAAAACCACGUUAUAUUAUUGUUAUCUCUAAUUAUCAAAGCCUUUCAUCAUGUUCCAUAUUGUAUAUUUAAAUCAAUAAAAAGGUACAUAUAUAA